AUGGGCCCCUGUACCGCCUCCUCAUGCUGCUGCCAGGCCCGUAAUCUGCCAUGGGCCCCCGUACCGACUCCUCAUGCUGCUGCCAGGCCCGUAAUCUGUCAUGGGCCCCUGUACCGCCUCCUCAUGCUGCUGCCAGGUCCAGAGUGUCUCAUGGGUCCCUGUACGGCCUCCCAUUGCUGCUGUCUCCAUCGCCACACUCUGCCAUGUGCCACUUUCAGGUCUCCUCACACUGCUGGUGGGUUCCAUUUUGUCAUAGGGUGCUGUAUGGCCUCCCAUUGCUGCUGCCUCCACCGCCACACUGUGGCUCCACACUCUGGUUUUGGCCCCGUGACUGCCCAAAUGAGUGAAGUGUGCGGUGAUUCUAAGAUCGACGGCACUCAUCUGCAUGUCAUACUGACUGACAGUAUUAUUUCUCUUCCCCAGCAGACUCCAAGGGCAUUUAAAUUAAAGGUACAGUGUUCUGCACUAAUAUAA